UAUGACAUAGGAACUGUUUGUUUGAUUUGUAGCAAAGAGCGCGCGCAGCAGGUAUUUGUCCUACAUGCAAGUGGGCCUUCACGAAACGUUUUUUAAAACGGCCUAAACCGACUUUCUAUACGAAAAUGACUUACAGAAGAGGUGCUUUAAUUGUGCUCGAAGGAGUUGACAAGGCUGGAAAAACUACGCAAUGCAAGAAAUUGGUUCAAGCAUUGCAGCAAAGCGGAAGACCAGCAGAGAUGAUGAGAUUUCCCGACAGAACUACAAAGAUUGGUCAGCUGAUCAGCUCCUACCUGGAGAGAAAGAGCAACUUGGAGGACCACACUGUUCACCUGCUGUUCUCUGCCAACCGCUGGGAGCUCGUACCAGAGAUUAAAGAGAAGCUGGAACAGGGAAUCAGCCUGGUGGUGGACCGCUACGCAUUCUCUGGAGUGGCAUUUACCAGUGCCAAACCGGGCUUCAGUCUGGACUGGUGCAAAUCCCCAGACGUGGGGCUGCCGAAGCCAGACUUGGUGAUGUUCCUGAAGCUCAGCCCCUCUGAGGCAGAGGGCCGUGGAGAGUUUGGGACGGAGCGGUACGAGACCACCGUCUUCCAGCGGACUGUCCAGAGCAGAUUUGAGCAGCUGAUGAAGGACCCCUCAGUCAACUGGCAGGUUAUUGAUGCAGCCAGGACAAUAGAAGAUGUCCACACAGAUAUCAAGGAACACACAGUGAAUGCCAUCAAUAAGGUGGAGGAGCAACCUCUUGGAGAGCUGUGGAAAUGAUAGGCACACUGCUUAUCGCAUGCCGGACGCGCGAAGCUCUAUGGCUAAGCUCUUAAUGUAGAAUAUUUAUUACCUCCAGAUUGCAGACACUAUCUACUGUACAUAACCCACUGCUGCUCAGCAAAAUGAGGGGAAGUCAGAAAUCACCUAUUCAGCAGGUCCACUGUGCUUCUUCAUUCCCGUUGACAACUCAUGACCGACAAAUGAAGAACUUUUAACUUUUUAUUUAAUUUUCUUAACUUACUUUUUCUCAUUUUCUUGCUCACAUCUUUUUUUAUUCCUUGUAUUUGUCAUAUGCACAGUUAGAGUAAAUAAAUAAUUUUAAAAUGCA